AUGGAUCAACCAAGUCAGUCUGAUACUAACAAAAAACAUCGACAUAAUAGAAAGUCAAGUACACAAAGUUUACCUCCAAUAUUGCCCUCACAACCUACGCACUACGAUAUGUUUUCAACGGCUACUAGUUCGUCGUCUCAUACGUCGGCAUUUUUACCUUCAGCAACAUCUCCUGGAUCUCCACCAACAAAAAAACCAAAGCAAGAAAUUCUACUAAGAUCUUCCCAACCAAAUAUAAGUUAUACUCGAGAAAAUACGAUGCCUUCGGCAUCUAGUAGCCAUAUUACAAGUGGAUCGAAUGGCACCAAGGAAACUGAAGAUGAACGGUUUUUAAGAUUAGCUAGAGAUGCCUUAGUUGCCACUGCCAAAGGUGUUAGUGAUCGACAAGUUGUUGACCCUACGAUUCUGGAUUUAUUAACUCGAUUACAAUAUGCCAGUUCUCCUCAUGGGAAUCCAAUCUCCAAUCUGAAUAGAAUCGAGGCAAAUGAAAGUGGACAAUUAAAUAUCCAGGGAUUUUAUUCGCAAUUCCCCAACUUAAGUAAUGAUAUAUUUACCGGGAAUAUCAACAGAUCAAGUGGUACCAAUACUUCUACUGCUACCACAAGUCAGAAUGACCCAGGUUGGAAUUUCUUACUUGAGGAUUCUUUUCCGCAUCUGCAGCAACACCAACAACAGCAACAGGAACAGAGACAUCAACAGCAACAGGAACAGAGGCAUCAACAGCAACAGGAACAGAGACAACAACAACGCCAAUAUCAGCAACAUCAUCAACAACACCAACUACCGCAACGUAGCUCGCAAGUAAAUCUACCUCAAUCGAUAGCAGAAUCACGUAGAACAAGUGAAGCAGGAAGCGGAGGAGAAGAAAGAAGGUUUCCUUGUGAUAAAUGUACAAUGUCUUUCCGACGUUCUUCAGAUUUGAAACGUCAUGAAAAACAACAUUUAAGUAUCCCACCUAAUAUUUGUGAUAUUUGUGGGAAAGGGUUUGCUAGAAAAGAUGCAUUAAAGAGACACAAGGGUACAUUAACUUGUAAACGAAAUUCAGAAAAGAAAUUAUAUAUUGACAAUUUGAAUUAUUUAGAUGACAAUAAGCGAGGAGGUGGUGCUGGUGGUGGAGGAGGAAAUAACAAUGAUGAUGAGGAUGAAGAUGAUGAUGCCGGAGGUAUCGAUAUAAACAUUAUUAUACAUUUACAAAUGUCAUCUAAUACUACUAAUACAACACUGGCAAAUGCAAAUGAAAGAUUACAACAAUUGUCACAAAUUCUUCAACCUAAUAAAAUAAAUUGUGUUCCUCAUCCCAAUCUUUCUUUAUCUCCGGAUAAACCAUUUACAAUAUGUGUAAUAGGGGCAGGUAAUUGGGGUACAACUAUUGCUAAAAUGAUUGCUGAAAAUUGUAUGGCAAGACCAAGAUUAUUUACUCAUGAUGUUAAAAUGUGGGUUUAUGAAGAACAAAUUAAUGAUGAAAAUUUAAGUGAAAUUAUUAAUACAAGACAUGAAAAUAUUAAAUAUUUACCAGGAGUUAAAUUACCAAAUAAUUUAAUCGCUGAUCCUGAUUUAUUAUCAACUGUUAAUGGAGCUGACUUAAUUGUAUUUAAUUUCCCUCAUCAAUUCUUAACUAAUAUUUUAAGACAAUUGAAGGGGAGAGUACCACCUACAGUUAGAGGUAUUUCAUGUCUUAAAGGAUUGGAAGUUAAUCCUGAUGGUUGUAAAUUAUUAUCAACUCAUAUAUCUGAUGAAUUAGGAAUUGUAUGUGGUGCACUUUCUGGUGCAAAUUUAGCUCCUGAAAUUGCUAGAGGAAAUUGGUCAGAAACUACAAUUGCAUAUAAUUUACCAGCAGAUUAUCGUGGUCCUGGUCUAGAUAUUGAUGAAUUUAUUUUAAAAGCUACUUUCCAUAGACCUUAUUUCCAUGUUCAUGUCAUUGAAGAUGUAGCUGGUACUUCAGUUGCUGGUGCUUUAAAGAAUAUUGUUGCAUUAGCGGUUGGAUUUGUUGAAGGAUUAGGUUGGGGUGAUAAUGCCAAGGCAGCAGUUAUGAGAAUUGGUUUAUUAGAAACAAUUAAAUUUUCAGAAAUGUUUUUCCCAGAAUCAAAACAACAUACUUUUACUGCUGAAUCUUGUGGGGUUGCUGAUUUAAUUACCAGUUGUAAUGGUGGUAGAAAUGUUAAAAUUGGAAGAUAUAUGGCGGAAACUGGUUCUUCAGCUGAAGAAGCUGAAAGGAGAUUAUUAAAUGGUCAAAGUUCUCAAGGGAUCGUUACUGCUAAAGAAGUUCAUGUAUUAUUAACAAAUGUUAAAAAGACAAAAGAAUUCCCAUUAUUUGAAGCAACUUAUAAUAUCAUUUUUGGGACUGAAUCAAUUGAAAAUUUACCAAAAUUAUUAAAUGAUUGUUAA